AUGCAAAACAGUCAUAAGAUUCACACGGUGGUCCACACUGGAGAGGAACCAUUCACAUGCACUCAAUGUGGUAAGAGUUUCAAACUGUCAUCACACCUUAAUUCCCACAUCAGGAUUCACACUGGAGAGAAACCAUUCACAUGUACCCAGUGUGGACAGAGUUUCAGGCAGUCAUCAAACCUUAACAAACACCUAGCGAUUCACACUGGAGACAAACCAUUCACAUGUACCCAGUGUGGACAGAGUUUCAGGCACUCAUCAAACCUUAACAAACACCUAGCGAUUCACACUGGAGAGAAACCAUUCACAUGUACUCAGUGUGGUAAGAGUUUUGCGUUCUCCUCUUACCUUAAACAACAUAUGAUGAUCCACACUGGAGAGAAAAAACACCAAUGUGAUCAGUGCGGUAAAACAUUUUUAAGAGGUCCAUUACUGAAGGUCCAUCUAAGGGUUCAUACAAAGGAGAAACCGUAUUCCUGUUCUGUAUGUGGAAAGAGUUUUACACAGCAGUCAAGUUUAGGACAACAUCAGAAGAUCCACACUGGUGCGAGAGAGUAUUUCUGCUUUGAUUGUGAGAAGACUUUUAUUACAGCUGAAGAUUUAAAACGGCAUCGGAGGAUUCACACUGGAGAGAAACCGUACAUUUGUUCACACUGCAACAAGGGAUUCGGCGAUUUAGGAAACCUGAAAGCACAUGAGAAGAUUCACACUGGGGAGAAACCGUACAUGUGUUCACACUGCAAGAAGAGAUUCAGACUAAUAGGACGACUGAAAGUACAUGAGAGGAUUCACACUAGAGAGAAGCCAUACAUGUGUUCACACUGCGACAAGAGAUUCAGUCAUUUAAAAACCCUGAAUACACAUGAGAGAAUACACACCGGAGAGAAACCGUACACGUGUUCACACUGCAACAAGAGAUUCAAACUAUUAGGACCUCUGAAAAUACACGAGAGGAUUCACACCGGAGAGAAACCGUACACGUGUUCACACUGCGACAAGAGAUUCAGUCAGGUAUAUAACCUGAAAGUACAUGAGAGGAUUCACACUGGAGAGAAACCGUACAUGUGUUCACACUGUGACAAGAGAUUCAGUCAUUUAAAAACCCUGAAUACACAUGAGAGGAUUCACACCGGAGAGAAACCGUACACGUGUUCACACUGCGACAAGAGAUUCAGAUUAUUAGUACAUCUGAAAGUACACGAGAGGACUCACACCGGAGAGAAACCGUACACAUGUUCACACUGCGACAAGAGAUUCAGUCAGGUAUAUAACCUAAAAGUACACGAGAGGAUUCACACCGGAGAGAAACCGUACAUGUGUUCACACUGCGACAAGAGAUUCAGUCAUUUAAAAACCCUGAAAACACAUGAGAGAAUUCACACCGGCGAGAAUCCGUACACGUGUUCACACUGCAACAAGAGAUUCAGACAGGUAUAUAACCUAAAAGUACAUGAGAGGAUUCACACCGGAGAGAAACCGUACAUGUGUUCACACUGCGACAAGAGAUUCAGCCAUUUAAAAACCCUGAAAACACAUGAGAGGAUUCACUCAGCUGUUUGCUAGCCUGCCUUGCAUAACUACUGUUUUUGUAUAAUUUCUCAUGAUUACUAAUGGUUUCCUACAUAGUUAUUAUCUCUUUAAAUAGUCUUUUAAAAAGAGCUUAGCCUCAAGCAGUGUGCUUCACUCUCAUAAUGUCGUCUGGCAUGCAAAAUCAACUUUUGGGAGCUGUUUGGACAGAAAUGUGUGUAGAUAUAGCGUGGGAAGUCAUAUUGGAGUGAUAGAAACACAGCAAGUCUCUAUUUCAAAAUCCCAUGACAUUAAAAUAGGACUAAAAUCCCAGAGAGUUUCACUGGUUCUUGCUUGUCGUGGGGGAACAGAGUGAAAUGUGUCAUUCUGUCAAAUUCUUUAUUUUCCUCUGUUUUUGUUUAUUGUACGUGUGUUCGUUAUAUGUUAGACUAGUCAGUAAA